GCAGUUGUAAUAAAAUUCAGAAAAAGCGUGCAAAAAGUCAGAGCUUUCUGUUGACCAAUUCUCUCUACUCCGUUCACAAAAGCUCGGUCUUCUUCUUCUUCUUCUUCUUCUUCACCUGUUUCAUCUGAGUUCUGUAAAUUAAACUCGUCAAAUUGUAGAAACAAAGUCGAAACGAUGUCGUCUGCGAUUACUCAGCUCUCAUCUUUCUCUUCCAUAGCUAACCGCCGGUUGCAGCUCCACGCCAGAUCAUACUCGCCCCGCCCCGCCUGUUUUCGUCCUGUAAAGGUUUUAAAUGUUAUGGGCAGUGAUGGAAGUGGUGUGGAGGUAUCCAGCUUGGUGAAUAAGGCUGCCCUAAGCCACGAAGAAGAUCCAUUCUCUGUAAAAUCGAAUCCUCUUAAAGAAGUUUCCGUAGUCGGAGAACCAAACGGGCACGUACAUGAACAAGCCAUCAGCCAGCCGAAAAAGGGAGCAAUGAUUCACGAUUUUUGUUUCGGAAUCCCCUUUGGUGGGCUUGUGCUAGGUGGGGGAGUCCUUGGCUUUAUUUUCUCAAGAAAUCCCGUUUCUUUAAGAAAUGGCGUUCUCUAUGGAGGUGCUUUAUUGGCCCUUAGCACAAUCAGUUUGAAGGUUUGGAAGCAAGGAAAGUCCAGCUUACCGUUUAUACUCGGCCAAGGAGUCCUCGCGGCGGCCCUACUGUGGAAGAAUUUCCAAGCCUAUUCGUUGACUAAAAGCCUCUUCCCAACGGGAUUUAAUGCUGUCAUAAGUGCUGCAAUGUUGUGCUUCUAUUCGUAUGUAUUGAUAUCUGGAGGGAAUCCUCCGCCAAAGAAGUUGAAGUCUUCGGUUUCUGCUGAAUCAUUGUAGGCUUUUCAGUUUGACAAAUGUUAGAUCAAAUUCCCGCAUUUAAUUGAAAAAAUCGAGUUCCAUUUGCCAGUGGGAGAGAUAUUUUAUUUUGAGUAAGAUGAAAAAUCGGUUUUCGUGUGUGUGCAUUUCGAUUACAUGAUGUUGGUAUAGGAGCAAACGACAGUUUGUAUGUCAAAGAGAAGUACGGUUAUUUAUGGGUAUAUUAUAAAUUUAUUGGAAAUGUUAUGUAAGAUGUUAUAAUUUAACACGACGUUCGUGUUGUUUAUUGUACGAUAUCGAAUUUAUUUCUA